GAGCGCCCCGGCGUGGCGCCGCUCACCGCCUGCAGCAGCACCGGGCGCCCAGGCUUCAGUGCUCGCCGCUGGAUCGCCCGCGAUGGCUGUGGCCGUGACGCCCCUGGUCGGGGAGAUGAUCGACAAGUACGCGUCGCUGCAGGAGGAGGGCGACCGGGUGCCGCGCGCGCGCUUCGGCCGCAGAGGCUGCGUGCUGAGGAAGAUCUUCGAGGACAGCGUGCAGGAGAUCAAGGAGUUCGACGUGCGAGAGGAUGACGUGUGGGUCGUCACGCCCCCCAAGUGUGGGACAACAUGGGCUCAAGAAAUGGUGUGGCUCCUUGUACAUGAUUUGGAUUAUAAAACGGCAAAGGAAAAUAACUUAAUGAUGAGAUUUCCUUAUAUGGAAUUCAGCCGUUUCAUUACGGAAAAAACAAGAAAAGAGUACCUAAAAGGUUUGGACACAGUACAGCAUGCAGCUAGUCUUACGCCGCCACGUUGCAUAAAAAGUCACUUGCCGAAAGAUCUUCUUCCAGAUCAGAUAUGGACGAAGAAACCCAAGAUCAUCUAUGUAGCUCGCGAACCAAAGGACACCGCUGUUUCAUUCUUUUAUCAUAAUCAACUCCUUUCCGACUACCGUGGAGAUAAGGAAUUCUUUUUUGAAUGUUUCUAUGAAGAUAUAGUGGGAUACGCUCCAUUCUGGGAACACAUGCUGGAUUUCUGGCAACUGAAGGACGAACCGCACAUCCUCUUCCACACAUACGAAGAAAUGAAAAAGGACCUUCCCUCCGUUAUACGACGAUCAGCCAAGUUUUUGGGCAAAAAUCUCACCGAGGAACAAGUACUUCGCUUGGCGGAACACUUAGAUUUUAAACAAAUGAAGGUCAAUCCUUCUGUGAACAUAGAGGAGAAGUUGUCGAAGAUGCGAGAGGAAGGCAAAAUAACUGAGGAGCAAGCGUUCAUCCGCAAGGGCGUAGUUGGGGAAGGCCGCCGCGAGAUGUCGCCCGAGAUGGCGGCGCGUUUCGACGAGCGCACCCGGCGGGUGUUCAACGAAGCUGUUGGAGGCUGCCCCUGGAAGAUUUGA